AUGGGCCCACGUUUGAAGGAUAGAGAUGGAGAACCGUCAUUCACCAGUGUUGAAAGCUUCCUGCCCACAAGUCCGAUUUCUCAGAAAAGAUCCGUCGACAUAGUUAUGGCUGAUCGCCGACGUAUCAACGGGCCAAGUGCUCCGACUCUGCCACCUCGGUUCCAUGAAGACUCCAGUGUCACCUCCAAGCGGACAAGCGCAGAUUUGCAGACCGGCGUGACUCCAUCCGCUUCAGGGUCAGCCUACCUCGAAUGCGAAGCACGCGAUCCAUCUCUGGGAAGCGGCAUGAAGAUAACAUGUACGGUUCAUGGACCACGCUCAUUACCUCGCUCUGCACCGUUCUCACCCCAUAUGGUACUCUCAACACACGUUAAGUAUGCUCCAUUUGCCACUAAGCAUCGCCGCGGAUAUUUGAGAGACUCUAGCGAGCGGGAUCUCAGUACACACCUAGAGACUGCGCUUCGGGGAGCUUUAAUCGCAGAUCGGUGGCCGAAGAGUGGCGUAGACGUCAUUGUAACAAUCAUCGAAGGCGAGGAAGCCAGACAGACUGCACUUGACAGCGGGAGUGAGGAAUGGGAUGCAAUGAAUGUGUUUAGCGCAUGUGUCACCGUGGCAGCAGCGGCACUUGCUGACGCCGGCAUCGAUUGCGUGGACACUGUAGCUGGAGGAGUGGCUGCUCUAAUCCCUGGAGCGCAAAAAGGUCAACACGAGAUUGUGCUGGAUCCCUCGCCGCUCGAGCACGACGAAAUCCUUGCAGCCUGCUGUGUGGCAUACUUGCCAGCCCGAGAUGAGAUCACGAAUUUAUGGCUCAAGGGCGACGUACCGUCGUUGGACCCCGAUCUAUACCGAGAUCUGGUUGCGCGAGCCGUUCACGCGAGCAAAGGCAACAGCCGGGCAAUCUCUAGCACUCUCACCAGAGCCAUCGCGAGCAAUUGA